CACGUGAUCUGCUAUCCGUAAAUGGCAUAUAUAUGAGAAGGGGAGAUCGAAUUCCAAGAAAUCCCAACCGCGCAUGCGUGUUUUCUUUCGCAGCAGACGAUUUCCAGUGAGAAAGAAAAAUAAAAAUUUGCUGUUCUGAGCUCGAGGAUAUUACAAACAGGAUGUCGGAAUUCAAGAUUUCAGAAAAGCAAAUUACUGAUGCACACAAUACGUUUAACCUUUUCGACAAGAAGGGUGAUGGCAGGGUAUCGACAAAGGAACUGGAAAAAGUCUUUAAAAGUUUAGCUCUUCAAACCAACGACGAACAGUUAAAGGAAUGGGCUGACGAAAUGGACGAGGAAGCUGAAGGCUAUUUGAAUUGGGAUCAGUUCAAAGUUUUGUUCGAACGUAAAAUCAGACUGGACGAGGACGAGAGGGAACUUCGAGAGGCAUUUAGAGUACUAGACAAAGGAAAUAAGGGAACAAUUCCUGUAGAAGAUCUAAGGUGGAUUUUAAAAUCAAUAGGAGACGAUUUCACGGAAGAGGAAUUAGAUGACAUGAUAGCAGAAACCGAUACCGAUGGUUCCGGAACUGUUGAUUAUGAAGAAUUCAAAACCUUGAUGACCUCUGAUUGAGAGUUGGAUACAGUUUUCGUCCUUUUUGCAUCAGGCAACACAAAUCUAUCGUACGCUCGCGUCCCGUUCGUCAGCUUGCUGUUUGCGAUAUUUUUGAAGGAAUUUACAUCCAUAUGAUAAAAAUGCAAAAAUACACGUCCAGCUCCUGACGAAUUUGGAUCAUUUUUGGCAAGAAAUUGCGGCGUACCCCAGCCUUCUCAUUUUUGCAGUUUUAUUAUGAACUGGUCAUAACUGUCUUCCUAUCAUUCCAUAUAUUGUUUUAACACAUGCGCACUAACCGCUUGUAAAAAUAAGAUGGUAAUAAAUUAUUGCAGAGGAGUAGUGUUAACCUAUGUGUGUUUUUUUGUUGGUGUAUUUUUGUUGCUAUUUCGCUCGAUAAUUUUGCGCAUUGCUAUUGUUACGAAUUAUUUCAGCUUCUUAUUAUAACUAUUCUUAUAUCAUUUCCAGAAUUCUUAAAACUGAUGACGGCCGAUAAAAAUGCUGAUUAAAGACUUUAUUUUGAGCGACUAAUCAUCACCGUCGUGCAGGACGAACAUGCCUCUAGGAAUUGCACUUUCCCUACCAAACACUCGCAGUUGAAAUAUCAACUUUCCAACUGUCACAAACAUUUUUCCUAUCAUAUUACAUCAUGCAAAAUGCUUGCUAUUUUAAUCUUUUUGGACAUUUUUUUUUCUAUUCUAAUGGCAGUGAUAUCUCAACUGGUGAAAAUAUCAUUACAAGCACGCUUGUUUGCUUUGCACUUUUUUGCUUUCGAUUUCACACAGACCACUUUUAAUGAAUUGAUGACCUUCAGCUUGAAGGUAAAACCGGAUAUACCUGCCAAAAAUCCGGAAUCCAUAUUCACCUCAUGCAUGAUUGGUUCCAAAGUGACCAGAGAACCCGCGGAACCUUCCACUGUGAAAUACUAACUUUUGCGUAGUUGAUGGUCCCAUCAUAUUUGAGUAUGUGUAAAAUUUAAUAAUUAUAGAUAUUUGAAUGUUUUUAAAAAAUUGAGACGUGUAUAUGUGUAGUUUAUUGUAUGAAUGGAAAUCGUUAUGUAAACAUACUUAAUUUUCCAUUAAUAAAAUUUCUUACUUCCUUCAAAA